CCAGAGAGUGGAGAAACUCAGUGAGACAACACGAGCACUGAGCCACUGACCCGACCGGCAAUGGCGACGAGGGCGUGGGCGUGGGCGGCGGCCGCGGCCUUGAACCCUCCUCUCCUCACUCUCCCCUGCUCUUCUCCCGUCCAAAUCGGUGCCCCCGCGCGGCGCUCGGCGCUGAGGGGGCUCCGCCUCCGCAGCCGCCAGCCACGGCCGGCGAAGUUCGUGUGCCGCCGCGCCAAGAACGCGGGCUACGACGACUACAAGUUCCCGGACCCCAUCCCGGAGUUCGCCGAGAAGGAGACGAGCAAGUUCAGGGAGCACAUGGCGUGGCGGCUGGAGCAGAAGAAGGAGGACUACUUCGGGGAGCACGUCGAGGAGAUCGUCGACAUCUGCACCGAGAUCUUAGGAUCUUUCUUGCAACAUGAUUACUGUGGACCUGGGACGCUCCUGGUUCACCCAUUCUUGGACAUGAAGGGUGAGAUCAAAGAGAAGGGGCUUCCCGGUGCACCUCAAGCUGCACGCGCGGCUAUCGCAUGGGCUGAGAAGAAUAUCGACAAGGAUUGGAAGGCCUGGACUGGAGAAUACUAGGGCUGGUUUCGCAUCUAUUUCUUGUGUUUGUUGUACCCACUGUUGUAUUAGUAGUUUCUAUCUUUCAGUUAGACUUGAAGCUAGAACUCUAGAUUAGUCAUCAGAUCAUCCGAGCUCUUGAAACACAUAAGAUUUUGAUCCUCCCAUUUUAAUGAAAGUGUGACCUUUCUUUUCUGAAGUA